GGGGGUCCUGUGUGAGGGGAGCGCUGCUGGGCUCCUCCCCGUCACGCAGUUUUUUAGACAGGCUGUGAAGCCCCAAGGCUGCCGUUCGUCUCUUCAGGGUCACAUUGUGUCCCGUGCCUGCGGUUACAGUGUUAAUGGUGCGAGCACAGGGCCGCAACUUCGUGUUUUUCCUCUUUUUUAUUCUCCCCUCAGAGGGGCUCACACCAAAGUUUGGUGUCCCGCCCAGCAAGUGAGGGCGUGAAGUGUGUUACCGCAGGAGAUGUGUUGUAAAUAAAGCCUGAUCGUUACCCGUGUUCAACUUUCACAGGGUUUUUAACGUGUUCCGGGUCAUACUUUAUUAUUUACUGCGUGCAGUAACCAAAACACGUCUUGGAGUGCUGCUCUUUGGUUCCUCUGUGCCUCUUCUAACCACAAACGCAUUGGGCUCGGCAGCCGGAGUGCUCCUGUAGAGCAGGUUGAUCAACUCCAAAAUGUUAUCCCGGCGGCUGUGCCAAGUUCGCAAAUGUUUGUUUCUGCACAGUGUAAAACCGACUCCAGUGAAGGUAGCUGCUUUGACCAGAAGGAUCCGUUCUUCAGCAGAACGUUGUUCAGACUGUGAGUCGAAGGACCAAGCCGUACAGAAACAUGAAACUGGAGAGUUGUCUCAAAGCACAGAAAGCAAACAUUUUGGAAGAUUACACACACCAGUGAUGCUGGAGGAGGUUGUUAAUUCUUUAUCCCCCCAGUCAGGCCAGUGUUUCCUUGAUAUGACAUUUGGAGCCGGAGGUCAUACAACAGCUCUUCUUGAGAAAGCCAGCGACAUUACCGUGUAUGCACUAGACAGGGAUCCCACAGCUUAUAAAAUAGCUCAGCAGCUUUCAGAAUCUUACCCGAAACAGAUUCGAGCUCUUCUAGGACAGUUUAGCCAGUCAGAGGCUUUGUUAAUCUCAUCUGGAGUUGAGCCAGGGACUCUAGAUGGAGUUCUCUUGGAUGCUGGCUGUUCUUCUAUGCAAUUUGAUACACCUGAAAGAGGUUUUUCCCUGCAGAAGGAUGGACCUCUGGACAUGAGGAUGGAUGGUGACAGGUACCCUGACAUGCCCACUGCUGCUGAUGUUGUGAAUGCUUUAGAUCAACAGGCACUUGCGUCCAUCCUGAGAACAUACGGGGAGGAGAGGCACGCCAAGAAAAUCGCUUCAGCCAUCGUUCAGGCACGCAGCAUAUAUCCCAUCACCAGAACUCAGCAGCUUGCAAGCAUUGUUGCAGGUGCUUUUCCAGCAUCAGCAUUGUAUGCACGAAAGGACUUGCUUCAGAGACCUACACAUGUUGCGACCAAAACUUUCCAAGGCCUGCGAAUAUUUGUAAAUGAUGAGCUUCAUGAGCUCUUUAUAGGGCUGAAGACAGCUGAGAAGUUUCUAAAACCUGGAGGUCGCCUAGUAGCCCUCUCAUUUCAUUCUCUAGAAGAUCGUAUCAUCAAACGUUUUCUUCAUGGAAUAGACAUGACGGAAAAGUACAAUCUUGGCUCACGGCAGAAGAUAAGACAAGCUCUGAAAAAUUCCUCCAAAGAAGAUGACUCACAAGAAUUUCCCCAUGGAAAACCCAACUCAAAAUGGACUUUUAUACAGAAAAAAGUUCUCACCCCUCAGGCCAAAGAUAAUCAAACAAACCCAAGAGGGAGGUCAGCCAAGCUAAGAGCUGCUAUUAAACUCUAAAACAAUUUAUCAUUAUAUAAUUGUAUAAUUUCCUAAAAUUUCAUUUUCCAGAAGGCUACCUGGACAGAUAAUAUCAAAAUAAAAAAUAAAAUGGAUAAAGGUGUUAGAAAACAUUUUUCUUAUCAUUGUGCUUCAUUUUAAUUGGGAUGUAAUAUCAAAUGGUAAAAUAAGUUAGAUGAGUGGGUGUCACUAAUUAUAACAAAAAGACAUAUUUAUUAAAAGAGCAUAAAAACUAAAGUUGUUUUUUUUUUUUAACUAUGGUUUUGAUGUAGUUAAAACAUUCCCUUUAGAUUAAAUUCAGAACUCUGAUGUAACAGACUAAAUUCUGAUUGUUGAUUGAGAAAGACAAGAAAGAGGUGUUUUUAUGGGCGUUGGUUUCACAAAACUAAGUCAGAUUACUGGUUUAGUCUAGAGUAAGUUUUUAAACUAGCCUAAGAAUUCAUGAUAUUUAAAUUUCUGUGUCUGUUGAUUUGUUGCAGAAUGUUUGUAGCUAGGAGCUAUGUCUUAAUUAAAAUGAUACCAUUAUGUAAUGUCUAAUCCAGGAAUUUAUGAAUGAGCUCUUACCUUUGUUAAUAAGUAAAUAUUUACAUCUGAGUGAUAGCCUGGUAAUUUGAUGUUUAUGGAUUUUAAAUAAUGAAUUGUUCUUGGGAAAAAAAGCUACGUAAAAGGUCACUGUAUUGCAUUUAGACAUUAUAAGCAGUGAGCAAGCACCGUGAAGAUUUGUACUAGAUAAUUUGGAUUUCUUCCUGCAACCUGUGCUUGUGUGCAUCCAUGCAGUAGAACUUCUGUGUGUUGAUGGAAUUACUAUGAACCCAACAAACAGGAUACUGUGAGAUUUCUGUGGUAUUCUCCUUUCCUGAUGAAAUUUCACUAAGAGGUGCUACUUAAUUACCUAUAAAAUAAAUGGCCUACUACCACCAGUUUCCUAUUUGUAUGCCAUCCUAGCUAGUAAAAUUUGUAAUUUAGUUUUGUAAUAUAUUUUUUAUAUAAGUUAAUAUGAAUUGAAUUUAGCUUUAGGUCUUAAAAGACCAUUGUUUUGCUAUUUUUGUAUGUUAAUGGUGAUCAGAUAAUACCAUAAGUUUCAUAUUCUUUGACCUCUGACUUACCUCUUAAGGAAACAAAAAAAGUCCUUAUUUGGAUAAUCGGAUCUGUAGCAGGACUUUGUUUGUGGUGAACCAGAAGCUUGGCUGAUAGAAUUAGAAAACAUAACUUUUGACUUUGAGCUAAAUGAUUACUUCACUAGCUUUUGAAACAACACUGAUUGGAUCAUUCCAGACUUGAUUUUCAUCAAGCAUCGUCCUCUUUGUGUUGAUUAUUUCACUGGAGUGUUUGGGAUUAUAUUGACACAAACAAUUGAAAUUUAAAUUCACCAUCUAUAAUAUACAGUAUAUUGAUACCUGACUGUUAUUUAAUUCAUUGGUAAAGCUAAAUCAUGAUAACAUAGAUCACUAAUCUGAAAUACCAGUUGAAUGAUGGGCACUUCCAAAAUUUCAAUAUUCUCUCUGCUUUCAUUAUAUGUGUUAUUAAAUAUUAAAUACAGCAUUCCACUUCAAAUAAUAUUAUUUACUGACACCGUAGAGACAACAAACCUUGCCUUAAAUAGAUAUUUUUUCAUUCAAGCAUUAAAUAUAAAUAUCAAAAGUUAUUUUUAGUUAAGAUUCCAUAUUAAAAUGUACUCCAAUAGGAGGUUGGAAAAAUUAUGCUUCUACCAUACGCUUAAAAGAGUGCAGUGCUAUGUGCUGUUAAGGAACGCGUGUGAGGACAAGAACAUCCAGUUGUAGAAGUAAAUAUCUGCAGAAACUAUAUGAAGACAUUACAAUUCCUUAUGCUUAAAACUAUAUUUAAAAAACACGCCUCCCACAUCUAAUUUCAAAGACACAGAUUCUUAUGAUAAACUACUGUAUACCAGUUGUUGUAAAUGCACUUCUUCAUUUUCUGAUUCAAGAGUAGGAGACCUGACCUUACCUUUGAUGAUGAAGGUUGCAAAUCCUUUUAGGUUGGAGUUGCACAGCCAUGGAAGUGCAUCAAUCAGAGCUCUUCUCUGUACAGGAUCUGUUUCAUUCUUCUCAGGGUCUUCUCACUUUCAGCCUUGAGAUAUGGAGAGUCCUUGAAUUUAAUUUCUGCUUCACUGAAAACAGAUUUUUUUUUUCACAGAAAAAAAAAAAAACUUCUGUUUAUUUUUAGACAAAGUAUUCUUGUAUCUUUAGGCAUUUCAUUUCUGUUUAGUAGGUGAAGUUCUGUUACGUGAAGGGUAUUAGGCCUUCAUUUUUUUUCCAACGUACGUUGAACUUUCCUAAUGUGGUAUGUUGCACAUGUUAGGAAACUUUUUUUUUUUUUUUUUUUUUUUUACCAUAACCAAAAACAUUUUUUGUAUGAAGGAGAUGGUAUCUGGUAGAAAAUUACAGUCUUAAUGAAAACUAAAUCAUGCCAUCAAGAUACAAAUUAUAUAUCAUUUCUGAGAAAUGCCAUUAAACCUGAGCAAUAUUAAUUUUAAAUCAAUCAAAAGCAAGAUCAUAUAUCUGAAACCAAUUAAACAAAAUACUGUAGCCUAUGUUUACAGAAAAUGUGGCAAUACCAUAAUAUUGUAUGUGAUGGGAAGAUCAGAAGUGACCAAUAUGUUCAAUAUUUGUAGAGAAUAUGAAACAGUAGUUGUGUAAAGAUGGUGGUGUUGCCAAGCAAUAUGUAUGUGCGGAGCUUAUUGCUAGAAUAUCUCUUUUCUUAUUAGGACUCAGAAGUGUGUGGGAAAAAAAUAAAAGAUCAAAAACCAACUAUGAGACUAUUCCUGUGCAUUCUAAAUGUACUUUAUAUUAAAGUUAUUUUAAAAAUCUGAUUUAAUGGGUUACUCAAGAGAAUGUACAAAGUUGACAUGCAGUCUAAAGUACCUACCGAAAGAAGAGAUUUAUGUAGAAUAAUGUCUUGAAAACCAGACACAGUUAUGCUGUGAGGUUUUUAUAGUACAAAUACUAUAAAAAGUACUUUUUAAAAGCAUCAAGUUUAAGAAAUUAGCUGCAUUUAAAACCUGUGUAUCUGUAUGAGGGCCCUCUGACAAUUAUUAUUUCAGUAUUGUUUCCUAAGAAUUAUUAUAAGUUUCAUUGUUUAAGAAUAUGAAGGGCUAAUCAUACUGUCUUCAAGUAAUAUAAGGAAUUAAUUUUCUUUUUACAUCUACUGUAGUUGAGUAAUUUCUCAGUAGUCUUUUAUAGUUGCAUCUACUGAGAUUGGCAAUUGACUGGGAAAGAUGUGUGUUGGAAAUGUCAGUUUUUGUAUGCAUUUUGUGGUAUUUGACAGAUUUUUGAAGGAGAAGGGUCUUAAUGUAGCGUGAAUGGAGAAAAUAGUUAUUUCAAUAUACCCACUAUUAUCAAAUGGCUAUCCUUUAGUAGCAAGUGUUGUAUAAGUCUUUGCAUUCUGCUUUCUAGAGUAGCAUUUCUACUAUUAUUAAUGAUUCGUACAAUAAUUGCUAUGAUAUUGCUCUUUAUAUUGGAGAAGACAUGGUAUUAAUUAAAGAGUUUAUGCUCUAAAGAGUAUAACAGUGCCAUGAGGGUGGAAACAUGAGGACGUAUGCCCUGAGGAAAGGAGACAUGCAGGGGUAGGAUGGUUGCAGCAAGCCGUCUGAGAUACAGCUUGUUGGUGGUUUUAUUUGAUUAAUUUACGUUUAAAAAUAACUGAGAUAUUAGCUAUCAUUGUGUAGAGUACAUACGUACUUGUGAAAAAUUAGAAGAACUUGAAUAAACAGCAAAGUACUGAACUCAAGCCAAUUUGUUGCUGUCCAUUCUACCUAACAUCUUUAUCUCUAGCAAAAGUAAUAAAGAGUUCAUAUCUGCUUUUCUUGUGCAGCCAAAAUCUCUCCAGGGAAAGCUCUUUAGUAAAAUUAGGGCUGUUUGCACCAGGAUCAUGAAUGCUGUUGGGUGGACUGGGGCAUUCUGUCUUUAUAUAUCCAUGCAUUUAUUUAUUUUUCAUUCAUAUAGCAGUUUUUUUAUGUCAAUGGCUAGCUUGGAAUAAUAUGCUUUUAUAUUUAUAAGUCUUUCAGAAUUACAACCAAAUGUGGAGGCCUUUUUACACCUGACAUGUAGUAGAAUUACGCAGGAUUUUGUGGAUUAAUUAAAACUGCGAUGCUCUAGUGAACGUGAAAAAUAAUUUAAAUGAAUGUAGAACAAGUUCUGCCCUUCACACACAACCCAUGAAAGAUAGAAGAAACAAAUGUGUUUAAUCAAACUGUAAUAAAUAAGCUGCAAAGGUCAACGCCUUAAAAAAAUCCACUUUAUGGUGAGGUUGAAUAAAUUAACAUCAUUUUAAAAAUAAAAUUUCAUAUAUAUAUGUAUAUGCAUAUAUAUAUAUAUAUAUAUAAUUUUACCUGAUGUAGGAUAAGCACCAGUGGUGAGGUAGCUCAUUCUCUCUACAUGGUUGUAGAGCAUGGUUUUUAGUGCAUAAUCAGAAGUAAUAGAGGGAAGGCAUACAUGCUUCUAAUCUAGUUAUGUAUGUUUUCUCUUCUCCUCUGCAGUUAGAGUUGUAUGGUUUUGUGAAUCCUAGGAUAAAUGAGAGAGAAGGGCUUUUCUUUUUUUCAGAACACUGUAAUACUUGUCCAUCCAACUUUAUUAAACAUCAUAUUUAAUACUUUUAGACAUACUUUGCUGAUGAUAUACCAUGUUUUCCAAUACUUAGGAAGAGGGGCAAAUAUUUGUUCAUGGGGAUGUCUAAGCUUAAAAUAAAAUAAAAUAAAAUAAAAUAAAAUAAAAUAAAAUAAAAUAAAAUAAAAUAAAAUAAAAUAAAAUAAAA